ACUCAGCCAAAUAGUUAGUAGACAUAGAGUUAUAAAACGCCGUGUUAGUCGCUUAAUGUAAACAUACUAAAUAAGACGUCCGAGUGAUUGCACGCUAAGUAGUAGCACAAUAACAAAGAAAUAAUAUGUGGUCAGCUAUACAAACAUUUCUCUCGCGCUCCUUUUCACUUGACCCGCGUAAUGCGCCAAUUCUGAGUACGGAUUAUAAUAGAAUAUGGCCACAAGAGAAUGCAGCUAUUCAGUUAACAAAAUUUGGCGAAGACUUGCUAGAAAAGUGCAUGGAGUUGAAAAAGCCCAAUGCGUGUGAAAUUGAUAUAGAAAGUUUUAUAGAAAAGUCUAAUAAAUUUCCGCUGCAGUUCGGCUGCGACACAUGUCGUGUAAUGAGUCAGCCUGUUGAGCGUUAUGCGAAAAUUAGAAAACAAAUCGCUUCUGCAUACCCGGUUAUACAUGAGCGUGUCUUAUAUUUGUAUUUAGCCUUUUUGGAACAUAAAUGUAAAUAUGGUAAUGAUAUUGAGCGCGCCAUCUAUGCCGACAUGACGCUCACAGCGCUUGUGCAGAGACUUUUAGAAAAACGUUGUGCCUCAUUUUAUGGCUGUAUAGAUAAAUAUUUACUUGUUACGGGACAAAAAGGUUAUGGCGGAUUUUGUGAGGUUGGCACUAAUGCUGAAAAAGUGCCACUGCAACUAAAGAAUGUUUUGAGUUAUGAUGAAAUUAAACUUACCGCAUUUCUAUCAAUCUCCUCACAAACUGAAUUUAUAAAUGAUGGCAACCGUUAUAACGAAGGCGUAGUCGAAGUUGACAAAACGAAAAUCGAACCGGAAGGCAUUGUAAUUGGUCUGAUAGGUGGUCGCUUUCAAGUAAAAGAAACCAUGGAAUGGCAGGAUAUAAUGAUUACCGCCGUUCAAAAUACCAAAGCGAACGGUUAUGGUUAUACAGCUGAAGAGGCAGUGAAGGCAAACAAACGCGCUGUUGAUUAUCGUCAAAUAUGGAGAAGUUUUUAUGAAGAAACAGAUUUAAUCUAUGAAAAUGUAAAACCACUCAAUACGAAACGCUUUUUUAAGGGACCACAUGCAUAUUAUAUUUUCGAUAAUUUAUUAAUGAAAAAACGUUAUGCCAUAUCUUUUGAUACACUACUCUUGGAAGCAGAAGCACGUGGCGCCACUAUGAACAAGCAAAUGUAUUUACAUGUUGUGGGAAUAGGUCUGGGUUCAUGGCGCGCAGUACCGCAACAGGAGAAAAUAUUUUUAGAGACGUUUAACGAGCGUUUGCAACUGCUUUUACCAAAAUUGUCGCAUAUCUCUGUGGUGCAUUUUUCCUACUUUGUUAUGUCCACUUGGGGUGAACUACGCGAUGGUGGCGUUAUAAUAUCGGAAACACAUCCUGAAGGUGGCAUUAAAAUAUUUAUGAGUAAUCGUAAUCCAUCGCAGAAGUUGGCACCUGAAUUCGAAAAUAUGCUUAUAGUAGAAUCGUAUGCUUGGGCUGGCAAUGCACUGCCGGGCAAUGAUUUUUGGCUGGGCGCACUCGCUUCUUCCGGCGAUCCAGCUGCUGCAUGUAGUACACUCAUUUCGGAGCUGCAUAAUCCCCAUAUAAAUACAGAGUCAGUGAAUGGCGAAAAUUUACACAUUGCGUCGAGCCGUUUUGGGGUUUUACAUAUAGCGGAUUAUGCUAAGAAAAUUUUGAAAAUUUAUACUUAAACUUAUUUAUUCUAAACCAGUUUUUUACAUCAAUUAAAAUAUUAUAAAAAUAACAACCGGAAA